AUGUCGUGCAACACCAAAUCCUCCUGCAAAGGCUGUUCCUGCACCAACAACCCACCCCCAAACAUCGAAGACUGCGAAAGCGAGCUCCUCGCCCUCCGCAAGCGAACCCACGAUCUAGAAAAAACCCUAGCAACUCUCCAAGUCCGUACUACAGCACCACACCGCAAGCUCCGCUCAACACGAUGGUUCAACAGCGACGAAAACCCAGGCAUGACAGCGCUGUAUAUCGAGCGGUAUCUGAACUACGGAUUGACGCGCGAGGAACUCAUGUCCGGGAAGCCGAUUAUCGGCAUUGCGCAGUCGGGCUCGGAUCUCGUCCCUUGUAACCGGCACCAUUUGGAGUUGGCGAAGCGGGUGCGGGAGGGGAUUCGCAGUGCUGGUGGGAUCGCGUUGGAGUUUCCUACGCAUCCAAUUCAGGAGAGCUCGCGUCGACCGACAGCGUGUUUGGAUCGCAAUCUUGCGUAUCUUGGUUUGGUAGAGAUUUUGUAUGCCUAUCCGUUGGAUGGGGUUGUGCUUUUGACGGGUUGUGAUAAGACGACACCUGCGGCGUUGAUGGCGGCUGCUACUGUGAAUAUCCCGGCCAUCUGUUUGAAUGUUGGUCCUAUGUUGAACGGCUAUUUGAAGAACGAACUCGCCGGAUCAGGAAUGGUAGUCUGGAAGGGACGGGAGAUGUAUGCUGCUGGGGAGAUGAAUCGGGAGGAAUUCAUGGAUUAUGUGGCUCGUGGGGCACCCUCUGUCGGCCAUUGCAAUACUAUGGGCACAGCAUCAACGAUGAACGCACUAGCAGAAGCAUUGGGCAUGGCACUCCCAGGCUCGGCAGCAAUUCCAGCUCCAUACCGGGAGCGUGGCCAAUGCGCCUACGAGACUGGCGAGCGAAUCGUCGAAAUGGUCCACGCAGACCGUAAACCUAGCGAUAUCAUGACAAGAGCAGCAUUUGAAAACGUCAUAGCCACAAAUACUGCCAUUGGCGGGAGCACAAACGCUCCUAUACAUAUCAAUGCCAUGGCCAAACACAUCGGCGUCGAACUAUCUCUCGACGACUGGGACGAGAUCGGGUUCCACAUUCCUCUACUCUUGAACAUGCAACCCGCCGGCGAGUUUUUGGGAGAAGAGUACUUCCGCGCCGGCGGACUCCCUGCUAUCAUGGCAGAGUUGCUAGACGCCGGGAAACUAUGCCCAGAUGCAUUAACCUGCAAUGGAAAAACCGUGGAGCAAAACGUGCGGGACAAACAUACCUGGAACCGGCAGGUUAUCCGAUCAUAUACCGAGCCGAUGAUGAAGGAUGCCGGAUUCGUGCAUCUGAAAGGCACUCUCUUCAACUCGGCAAUUAUGAAGACAUGCGUGAUAUCACCGGCCUUCCGGCAAAGAUUCCUCGAGAACCCGGAUGACCUCAACGCAUUCGAGGGUGCCGUUGUAGUCUUCGACGGACCAGAGGAUUACCAUAGCCGGCUCGACGACCCCGCGACACUAAUCGACGAAAGAAGUAUCCUGGUUAUGCGCGGUGCAGGUCCCAUGGGCUACCCGGGGGCCGCCGAAGUAGUCAACAUGCACCCUCCAGCACGGCUAUUGCGCCAGGGAAUUACCUCACUUCCUUGCAUCGGUGACGGACGCCAAUCCGGCACAUCUGGCUCGCCUUCUAUUCUGAAUGCCAGCCCCGAAGCAGCAGCUGGUGGGAACCUUGCGCUUCUCCGUGACGGAGAUCGGCUACGGGUGGAUUUGAAUAAGCGUCGGGUUGACAUUCUGAUUGGAGAUGAGGAACUCCAGGGUCGUCGUGAGGAUCUUAAGGUUCGGGGUGGGUUCUCUGUUCCUGAGAGCCAAACGCCGUGGCAAGAGAUCUUCCGACGCGAGACUGAUCAGUUGAGUGAGGGUAUGGUUCUACGUGAUGCUGUUAAGUACCAGCGUGUUGCGCAGCGCUCAGAGCCUCGACAUAACCAUUGA